AUGACACCUGAUUCUUCCGCUUGGCUGAGCAAGCCUUUGUUGACGUCGAUCCUCCUUGGCAUAGGAGGCUUUCUCUAUGGGUAUGAUUCGGGAAUAAUUACACCAAGUUUGGCACUCAAGUCAUUUCUCACUUAUUUCGGAAACCCUGAUGCUCCCCUUCGAGGUGCUAUCGUUUCCGUAUAUCAAGCUGGAGCAUGGCUUGGGAGUGCAUCUGUUGGUGUUACUAGCGACAAGUUUGGCCGCCGUAAAGCUAUUGCUUUUGGCUGCAUUUGGGGCGUCAUCGGCGGUGCUCUGAUGGCGGGUGCUGCCCACGUCGCAAUGCUCAUUAUGGGCCGACUACUAGUUGGCUUUGCAGUCGGUACAAUCACUGGCGUAGCUCCAGUCUUUGGAGCAGAGAUCGCUAAGACUCAUGAGAGGGCCAGAAUCACAGCUGUCAACCAGAUGAUGGUCGCUUGGGGCUUCUUCGUCGCUCUCUGGACCGGCGUUGGUGAAGGCAAAUGGCAAAACCCCAAUCAAUGGAGGCUCGGCUUCGCGAUCCAGAGCGUCCCUGCCUUGGUCCUGGGUAUCAGUGUUCUCUUUCUGGGUGAAUCGCCCAGAUGGCUAUGCCUGAAAGGUCGACACGAGGAAGCCGAGAAAGCUUUCCGCAACUACCACUACAACGGAUCCAACGACGACUGGUGCCGUAACGAGUUCACCGUUAUCCAAGUCAACAUCGCAGAGGAGCUGCAGGCCCAGGGUCGGCUCUCCUGGGGCGACCUGUUCAAGACGCCCGCGUUCCGUAAGCGGCUCUUUGUCGGCUCGUUCGUCUGGGCUGCUGCCAUGCUUUCCGGAAUUUCGUUUGUUCAGUAUUAUCAGACGGCCAUCUACGCUACACUGCAGUUCAGCCAAGAUCAACAACUUCUCGUUAGUGGUCUUUAUGGUUCUGUGGCACCCGUGGCCUGUCUCAUCUCGUUGUUCUUUGUCGAUCGCAUCGGCCGCAAGAAGAUUCUCAUCAUGAGCUCGUCUCUGUUGUCACUUUGUUACUUGAUCAUCACCAUCUUAGCAGCAGUAUACCCUGCAAGACCCGGAUUUCCGACUAACGAGGCGGCUCAGCGCGGCCUUAUUGCAUGCAUUUUCGCUGUUUCGGCCAACUAUUCCGCGCUCCUGGGGCCUAUGACAUGGAUUAUUCCACCCGAAGUAUUCACUACGGAGCUACGAGCCAAAGCAAACGCCAUAGUCCAGGUCAUUCAUUACUCCAUUAGUCUCAUCAUUACGCAGUGUUCACCAAUCGCGCUGGCUGUGGUUGGGUGGAAGUAUUAUAUAUUAUUCAUCAUAUCCAACGCUUUCUGUGCUAUCGUCUUUGCGUUCUUCUAUCCCGAGACCAGAGGAAAAUCAUUGGAAGAAAUCGACGAGAUCUUUGGCGAAGUCAAAAUCGUGCGUGAUAUUGAUUUUGCCGAGAAAACUGGAGUUCAAGAAGUCGAAAUUCGUCAGCGCAAAUGA